CUCCUCCGCUGGCUGCGGGAGAGCCGGCAGUCCAGGAAACUCAUCCUGCUCAUCGUGUUCAUCGCCCUGCUCCUGGACAACAUGCUGCUUACGGUAGUCGUGCCAAUAAUUCCCAGUUACCUUUACAGCAUCAAACAUGAGAAAAAUGCCACAGAAAUCCAGACUACUAAGCCUAAAGUAGUCACAACAGCGAUGGACAAUUUUCAGAGCAUCUUCUCCUACUACGACAACUCAACGAUGGUUACUGGAAACGAAUCUGAUAAGACACGACCCAGAGAGUUGCAUCAUACUCAGACAGAACAAAUGAUAGUAAAUGUGACUCCUUCCCCGUCUGACUGCCCUAAGGAAGAUAAGGACCUGCUGAAUGAAAAUGUUCAAGUCGGUCUCUUGUUUGCUUCAAAAGCAACAGUGCAGCUAAUCACUAACCCCUUCAUAGGGCCGCUGACAAACAG